CCACUAUCGUCCUCUGUGGGUUUUAUUUGUAGAUAGAGAAUCAAUCAGCUUUGGAUUGAGAGCUGAUGGGCGGAGGUGAAUAUUUGUACGAUGAGUUAUGGAAAUUAUGCGCGGGACCUCUGGUUGAUGUUCCUCAAGCUCAAGAAAGAGUUUAUUAUUUUCCUCAAGGUCACAUGGAACAACUCGAAGCGUCAACGCAACAGGAUUUAAAUACGAUGGAGCCACUUUUUGCUCUUCCUCCUAAGAUUCUCUGCAAUGUUAUGAACGUUAGUCUUCAGGCGGAAAAAGAUACGGAUGAGGUGUAUGCCCAGAUUACUUUGAUCCCUGUAGGAACUGAAGUUGAUGAACCUACGAGUCCUGAUCCCUCUCCUCCUGAGUUGCAAAGGCCAAAGGUUCACUCUUUCAGCAAGGUUUUGACAGCUUCUGAUACAAGCACGCAUGGUGGCUUUUCUGUUCUAAGGAAACAUGCCACCGAAUGCCUUCCUCCGCUGGAUAUGACCCAGCAAACCCCGACCCAGGAGUUAGUAGCCGAAGAUGUCCACGGUUAUCAGUGGAAAUUCAAGCAUAUUUUUAGAGGCCAACCACGGAGGCAUCUAUUGACGACAGGGUGGAGCACCUUUGUUACAUCAAAGAGAUUGGUUGCUGGGGACACCUUUGUAUUCCUGAGAGGGGAGAACGGAGAGUUGCGGGUUGGAGUCAGACGUGCUAAUCGUCAACAGAGCAGUAUGCCUUCAUCCGUCAUAUCAAGUCAUAGCAUGCAUCUGGGAGUGCUUGCUACUGCACGCCAUGCUACUCAAACCAAAACUAUGUUCAUCGUAUACUAUAAACCAAGGACAAGCCAAUUCAUCAUUAGCUUGAACAAAUAUCUAGAAGCCAUGAGCAAUAAGUUCUCUGUAGGGAUGAGAUUUAAGAUGCGGUUUGAGGGAGAGGAUUCCCCUGAAAGAAGAUAUUCUGGCACGGUUAUCGGUGUUAAAGACUGCUCUCCUCACUGGAAAGACUCGAAAUGGCGAUGCUUAGAAGUUCAUUGGGAUGAGCCUGCAUCGAUUUCAAGACCCAAUAAGGUUUCACCAUGGGAAAUUGAGCCGUUUGUAACUUCAGAAAACGUUCCCAAAUCAGUUAUGCUAAAGAACAAAAGGCCCCGUCAAGUUAGUGAAGUAUCUGCACUUGGCAUAACAGCUUCAAACCUUUGGAGCUCUGUAUUGACGCAAUCCCAUGAGUUUGCACAGUCGUGCAUCACCUCACAGUGGAAUUCUCCUCAGCAAUGUCAUCGUGAUGCAACUGAGGAUGCUAAGAAAUCUGACUGGAUAAAUAACUCUUACUCUGUGUCAAAUGUAUCAAAAGACUCAACACUGAACGACCAAAUGGUUUCCCCAGUCGAGCAGAAGAAACCUGAGAUAACCACUAAUUAUAGAUUAUUUGGAAUUGAUCUGAUGAGUUCCUCCUUAGUGGCUUCUGAGGAGAAAACUGCACCCAUGCGACCAGUCAACAUAUCCAAACCGACUAUGGACAGCCACUCGGACCCAAACUCAGAGAUAUCAAAAGUAUCAGAAGAGAAAAAGCAGGAACCUGCGGAGGGAUCACCAAAAGAGGUCCAAAGCAAGCAAAUCAGUUCUACAAGAAGCCGUACCAAGGUGCAGAUGCAAGGCGUACCUGUGGGCAGGGCUGUGGAUUUAACUGCACUAAAGGGGUACAACGAGCUUAUAGACGACAUUGAAAAGCUGUUUGACAUAAAAGGGGAACUGCGGAGUCGCAAUCAAUGGGAAAUAGUGUUCACAGACGAUGAGGGAGAUAUGAUGCUUGUCGGUGAUGACCCAUGGCCUGAGUUCUGUAACAUGGUGAAGAGAAUAUUCAUAUGGUCGAAAGAGGAAGUGAAGAAAAUGACGCCGGGGAACCAACUCCGGAUGCUGUUAACGGAAGUUGAAACAACAUUAACAACAGCUUCCAAAACAGAUAAUCACACCAACUAAUUUCCAUUCUCUUCUCUACAGUCUUUGUCUCCUUCUUAUCUGCUUUGUCUUUUGGAAUUAUCUUGUUCUGUGGUCUGUGUUUUGUCGCACGGGAAGAACGAAAA